UUCAAUUGUCAGAUUACGAAAAUUUGUUAGUUUUUUUAGCAAUCAUUUUUUUAGUUAAAGUUUCGGAAUGACGUCACGUGCGCGCGUGCCGACGUCGCAACGAGUCAGCAAAAUGAUUCGAGAGUACGAGGAACGAAUCUCCCAGCAGGCAUCUUCCAGCCCCAAAACCAGAGGACUGUACUUGCAGCAGCAGACGAGGGAGACACUGGCCAUGGGAGAUGACAGCGAAGUCGAGAAGGUGGCGGAGUUCGAAGUGCUGAAGCUGGAGGAGCAAGACGAAGACAAAGCGGAGGAGAAUGUGAUGGAAGAAACGGCAGAAAAACGGCCGAAGAAGAAGCGCUUUGGCCUGUCCACGCUUUGCAAACAGGCCAAACUGUUGAGCAAAUGGAGAAUGCCCUGCGGCACGAGAUCCCAUUCGGAUAGCGAUUAAAUGUGCCGGCACAAGCCUAAGAAGGAGGCAGGAUGAGUCGAUGCAGUUGAGGAGACCUCCACCUCUAGCUGUUACCCCUCAAAAAAGAUCGUAAAAAGCAUUUGUCUCUCAUACGUCCCUCUCCCUCUCCCUCCACAUCUUUCGGCGCAUUUUCAUAAAAUAAUUAUGUUAUUUCCGUAAA